AUGCAGUCUUCAAAUACAAUCGCGCGGUUGCAUCAACCCGAGUUUGAAGUCCUCAAACGGGCGGUAAAAGCAUGUAAUCGAUGUCGAAAACGACGCACCAAAUGUAUCGGAAAUCCUCCUUACCCCUGCAUCGCUUGCAGUGAAGGAGGCCAUAGUUGCGUCUACUCAGAGUCGGAGAAGCGAGUAACUGUCUCAGAGAGCUACCUUUUUGAGCUCCAGGCUCAAGCUCAAAGAGCAACGACAGAUCAAAAUUUCCAAGAUGGGGUUGCCAGUGGUGCUGAGAAGCCUAGCCAAGGUAUUGAACUGGGCUUUAAGGGUACGGACAACUGGGUCCUUGGCAACUAUGGUGAAUAUCAUUUCAUGGGCAACUCAUCGUCUACAUACAUCGCCAAUAGACUAAACCCGACGACUGAGAGCCUGGCCUGGCACAAGUAUCCUCAUCAUGGUGACACCACAUGGCUCAGACGACGAAACACUCCUGAGAUACCACCACUGCCUCCAUUUGAUAUAGCACAAGGGUUGUAUCGCGCACAGCAUGCCUAUAUCGGCACCAUCUUUUGCUUUCUAAGCGAUCAGGCUUUUGAGCAACGGCUCCGGCAUGUAUAUGACCGGGUCCUUGACCAAGAAGACAGAGAAGAUCGUUUAAUUUAUUGCCAAGUACUUCUCGUGUUUGCCUUUGGCCAGAUGUACUCGAUAAAUCAGUGGGUAGAUAAAGAUGGCCCGCCCGGUUUCGUUUACUUCAAGCAUGCUUUGGACUUUUUGCCAAACAUGUAUGAAGAGGGGUCCAUUUUGUUCAUUGAGGUGUUGAGCUAUGUUGCUUAUUUCAUGCAGACGAUCAAUCGGAGAGAUGCUGCUUACCUCAUCAUUGGAGUUGCUUUAAGAAUGGCCAUUUCCCUAGGACUGCAUCAAGAGGUUUCAGAUCAAGACAUCGACAGGGUAACGCGGGAACAUCGUCGGAGAGUUUGGUGGUCUACAUAUAGCAUGGAGAGGUUGCUGUGUGUCACCUCCGGCCACCCGCUGUCUAUUCAGGAUGAAGACAUCGACGUACUACCUCCGAAUGCAAAUGAGGUCGACGGCGGCUAUCCCUCUCUCAUCCUCGGCUUAUAUACAGAACUAUCGAGGAUACAGGGCAUAAUUGGGGAAAAGAUAUAUCGCAAGAAGCAGAAGUCUGGGCCAGAGCUUUCUGCUUGCGUGCAGGACAUCAUGAAAAGACUAUCUGACUGGUUUGAGAAGUUGCCGGAAAGUAUACGCUCAAAUCCUCCUGACUUGGCUCAGCCUCCAAGUCGGGAGAUUGUCUCGACGUAUUUGCACUACUACCACUGUAUCAACAUGACUGCACGCCCAAUCUUAUUGUACGCGGUCCAAAGGCAACUAGCACCAAGUUCUUACAAUCCCAACCCGGACGGAUGGAAAGAGGGCUUGUCACCAGACAUCGUGCACGUCAUUGAUAGGGCGACAUCUGCUGCACGCUCCAGCGCCUCUAUUCUUAGUGCUGCAAUCAAGUAUAAUCUCGUUGCAACGUAUGGGUUCAUCGACGGGGAGCAGGCUUUCUCGGCCGCCCUACUUCUUGUCAUGGUCAACAUCGCCUUUCCAUAUAAAGAGGCUGAUGCUGUAGCCAUGGAGAUGGCUCUGGGUGUUUUACAGACUAUGGCCGAGAAAGGAAACCGGUAUAUAAAGGCGUGUCACACGCUUCUCACCAAGAUCAGAAGCACCAUGAAACCGAACCAACGCAGAGCCCCCGAUAUGUACAGCCGGCGUCGAAUUGACGAUCGAACGCAGGACAUGACUCCACCCCAAUCAGGCGGCCUUAUCCCGGAGCCGCCUCCAGAAGGGGAUAUGCCAUUCGGGUUAGAUUUCGAGGGGGAUCCAGCACUGUGGGCUGAGGUUCUGGAAUCGAUGGACAUUGAUAUGGACAGGCAGUGGAUAGAGACGGCCUUGCAAAGAGAACAGUUGCUUGAAACACCAGAUAGUAUGAAUUAA